UUUUUCGAUUACAGAGUCUACUAGUUCCAACGCGGAUGCACGUAGACGUGAAAUGCGGACAUUCCAGUUUGCCAUCAUAUUUCCUUUCUUGGUGGCAACGUUAACUCCUGAAGCAGCAGGACAUUUGAAGAUGAAGAAGUGGGCUCUCGACAAAACGGAGCUUUUGGCCGACAGCUUGAAGCGGAAUUACGAAAGAAAACGUCGGAAGGAGCCCAACGACAGUUUCAACUCGACCGCGACCGUGAAGGAAACCCUUCCUGAAUGGCGAGAUGCUGGACGGACUUCUCGUGACGAAAAUCCUGACGGGAGUUGUGAGUGAUGAGUAAUAAGAAAAGCUUGCUUUGUUUCUAAUAAAUUGUUUCAUUUCUGAAGUUCAAUUUAAAAAAAAACAGUGUAAAUGAAACUAAAAUUAAAUAAAACAUACUUUUAAUUUAAGGAAAAUACCGUAAAACAUACCAUAAAUAAAAUUAAAGUACAAUAAAACUUGCUGUAGUUAUUAUUUAUUUCAAUGUACGAAUAUAGUUUAAACAGUACUAUUUAGCAGGGAAAAAAUCUUGAAGAACUAUACAUUUACUGUGAAAUCCAUUGUAAUGGUUACUGUAUUUGUUGUAAAUGUAUGAUGUUUUCUAUAGUCAGGGCAAGUUUUUGAAUGAAAAAUGCAACAUUAGAUUAACAGUAAAAUGCGUCGUAUUUGGAAAAAAAAUGUAUGGAAAAAAUUCGAAAUUUUUAUGGUACCGGUGCAUAACAACCCCCCUUUUUUAUGGUAAAAUCCCAAAAUACGACGCAAAUUAUCUUAAAAAACGAUGCUGUCUACUGUUAAAACACUGUCAAAAUGACAAUAUAUUUUAUCGUUUUGUAACGUUAAAAUUUACUGUAAGUUCAUCAGAAAUCUUUAUGCGGGGCCCGCAUAAAGUUUUACUAUAAACCAACAGUAGAUUUUAUGGUUAUCACACGAUAAAUUCUAUGGUUAUUUUUACCAUGAUUCUACAGUAGCCUUUAUGUUUUUUCACCAUAGAAUAUAUCUUAUUUUGGGAAAUUACUAUAAAAAAGGGGUAUUGUUAGGCAAAGUCACCAUAAAAAUUUCGACUUUUCCCCAUACAAAAAAAAACCAAAAACUAUAUAUUCUACCGUAUUUUCAUUGAUGCCUUUUCCGUCCAAAAAAUUACCCUUACCAUAGAAAACAUCAUCAGUCGGCUCUGUACUCGCGUGUGCACCAGACGUAGCUUUGUGCUCCGCGAUCGAAAAUUCGCUAUUGUUGCUCGAACAAACAAACAACGCGUUGUGGAAGACUCUGAAAUGAGUGCUGUCCGCAAAAAUACGCUCGUCGUGGACUUCAGCGUCCUCCCAGAGCGUCCCAAGCUGGACAUGGUGCAGCGGUUUGUGGAAAAAAGUCUGGGACUAAAUCCCACCGACUUGAGAAGCAUCCAGCUGCACAACAUUCGCCAUUGCGUGCUCAUUCAGAUGGCGGAUCCAGCAGCCGCCGUCGAAGUAGCAGUGCAGCAUCACCUCAAGCACGCCUUCCGGAUCAGCCCGACGAAGAAGAUCGCAAUUCCGGUCUACGUCGACGAUGACAUCGUCGACGUUCGGAUCCACGAUCUCCCGCCGGACAUGUCCAACAUGCAGAUCGCCGAAGCAAUGCUCCAGUACGGCGAAGUUUUGACGAUCAGGGACGAGGUUUGGAGAGACAUUUUCGCCGGCGUACCCAAUGGUGUGCGGGUGCUAAAAAUGAAGAUCUCCAAACCCGUUCCCUCGUACGUCACGAUUUGCGGCCUUAGCAGUUUGGCUACACACACGGGUCAGAUUUCCACGUGCCGACGAUGUGGAUUCCAGCGACACGUGUCGAAAAGCUGCUCCGAGGCAGCUAAAAAACAGCAACCGAAGCCGAAACCACAAAAAAAUCCACCUCCAUCUGGCCCUGUUUUGCCUAUCGCCGAUCUAGCAGCAGUACAAUCCCAAGUCGUUGUUCCUCACACUCACGAGGACAAUGGUAAUGACGGAUUUAUUACUGUUGUAAAGAAAGGCAAAACAACAAGGAAGCAAGCACCCGAAGAAAAAAGAUCGUGCUUGGACGACGACGACGACAAAUCACCAACUCUCGAUAACGACCAGCGCAACGAUAAUGGACAUCUGAUUGGACUACCAACAACAACCACGCCAAAAAGAAGGCUUUGGAAGCCAACUGUUUGACGUAGAACUACGUCGAUAAAAUGUAUUAUUAUUAUUUUUGUAUUAUUUUUUCAAAACUUGGCCAAAUUAUGGCAACAAAAGGCCAGUACCUCUAAUAAAAAAAAAAAAAAAGAAAACA